AUGGCAAGUCGAGGAGUGUCGAGGAAAGAUAAGCCCAAGGGAAGACACCAUGGCUUAACACAACAAAAGAGACAGGAGAUAAGAGAGGCCUUCGAAUUGUUUGAUACUGACAACUCCGGCACUAUUGAUGCUAAGGAACUGAAUGUUGCAAUGAGGGCUCUUGGUUUUGAAGCAACAGAAGAGGAAAUAAAUAGAAUGAUUGCAGAAGUUGACAAAGAUGGCAGUGGUGCCAUAGACUUUGAUGAAUUUGUGCAUAUGAUGACUGCUAAGAUUGGAGAAAGGGACAGCAAAGAGGAACUUAUGAAAGCAUUUCAAAUUAUUGACCAAGAUAAAAAUGGAAAAAUUUCCAUGGCAGACAUCCAACGCAUCGCGCGUGAUUUAGGUGAAAACUUCUCUGAAAGAGAAAUUCAGGAAAUGGUUGAGGAAGCAGAUAGAGAUCAUGAUGGAGAAGUUAGUGCUGAAGAGUUCAUGAGGAUGAUGAGAAGAACCUCUUACGGCUACUGA